UGGCAGAGAGGGGUGGAGGACAUUGAAUGGAAGCCAGUGAGGGAUUGGCAGAGAGGGGUGAAGGACACUGAAUGGAGACCAGUGGAGGGAUUGGCAGAGUGGUGGAGGACACUCAAUGGAAGCCAGUGUAGGGUUUGGCAGAGAGGGGUGAAAGACACUCAAUGGAAGCCAGUGGAGGGAUUGGUAGAGAGGGGUGGAGGACACUCCAUGGAAGCCAGUGGAGGGAUUGGCAGAGAGGGAUGGAGGACAUUGAAUGGAAGCCAGUGGAGGGAUUGGUAGAGAGGGGUGGAGGACACUGAGUGGAGGCCAGUGGAGGGAUUGGCAGAGAGGGAUGGAGGACAUUGAAUGGAAGCCAGUGGAGGGAUUGGCAGAGAGGGAUGGAGGACAUUGAAUGGAAGCCAGUGGAGGGAUUGGCAGAGAGGGGUAGCAGACACUGAACGUAAGCCAAUGAGGAGGGAGUUGCAGUAGUCAAGGUGAGAGAUAACCUAGGAGUGAA